AUGAAAUUAUUAUCAGUAUUUUUUGCUUGCCUUCUGGCUGUUUCAGCCUUUUGUAUCGCUCAAGAUGGAGUGAAAGGGCAUUCAAUGACAUGGACGAAAGUGGAAAGUAAAGGGAAUGAAAUGUCAAAUAGCCAAAUGCCUCAUCUCCGUCAAAAACGUUGGUAUGGUGGUUUUGGUGGACCAUUUGGCUGGGGAUGGCGGCGUCCAUUCUGGGGAUGGCGCCGCCCGUUUUAUGGAGGAUGGGGCAUGCCGUUCGGUGGAUACGGAUAUCCGUUUUGGGGAAGAUGA